CCCUUCAAUUAUGUAAUGCAGAUGAAAUCAGACACUACAAAAGGACUUGCCCUCCCCCCUUUUUCCUCAUCACACCUCAAGUAUCUCUCUCUCUCUCUCUCUCUUCCUCACCCUCUGUGCUGGAGAGAAAUGGCUUCUUACCAACAAUGGACGCUGUUUGUGAGUUUGCUGUGUUUGGUCUCUGCAACAAUGGGAGCUCCCCCAAGAAAGCCUAUAUCAGUGCCAUUUGGCAGAAACUAUCAGCCCACCUGGGCUUUUGAUCACAUCAAGUACUUCAAUGGAGGCAAUGAGAUUCAGCUUCAUCUGGACAAAUACACAGGCACUGGCUUCCAAUCAAAAGGAAACUACUUGUUUGGCCACUUCCAUAUGCAAAUCAAGUUGGUUCCCGGUGACUCUGCCGGAACUGUCACUGCUUACUAUCUAUCUUCUCAAAACGCUGAGCACGAUGAGAUAGACUUUGAAUUCCUGGGAAACAGGACAGGGCAGCCUUACAUUUUGCAAACCAAUGUGUUCACCGGAGGAAAAGGUGAUAGAGAACAGAGGAUUUUCCUCUGGUUCGACCCAACCGCAGCUUACCACUCCUACUCUGUCCUCUGGAAUCUCUACCAGAUUGUAUUCUUCGUGGACGACAUACCAAUCAGGGUGUUCAAAAACAGCAAAGAUUUGGGAGUGAAAUUCCCGUUCAACCAACCCAUGAAGCUGUACUCUAGCUUGUGGAACGCAGACGAUUGGGCCACAAGGGGUGGGCUGGAAAAGACCGAUUGGUCCAAGGCCCCUUUCAUUGCCACGUACAAGGGCUUCCACAUCGACGGCUGUGAGGCCUCGGUGGAGGCCAAAUUCUGUGCCACGCAGGGCCAGAGAUGGUGGGACCAGAAGGAGUUCCAGGACCUUGAUGCUAAUCAAUGGAGGAGGCUCAAGUGGGUCCGCCAGAAAUUCACCAUCUACAACUACUGCACUGACAGAGUCAGAUACCCCACCCUCCCACCCGAGUGCAAGAGAGACAGAGACAUAUAAAUUUAUCAAACCCAUGCAUGCAGACACAGUAACACUGUUUUCAAUUAAAUUAAAUUAAAGUUAAACACCCCUAAUUAAUUAGCAGUUCUGCCUAACACCUACUUGGUGUUUAAUUUGGAGGUGGAGGGGGUUUGUUUACGUCAAUUCAAUUUCUUAUUGUACUGGGGGGUUUACUUCCACAUAUGGCUUUCAUAAGUUAUUAUCGUUAAUUCGGUUGUUAUUCUAGUUUCA